AUGACUUAUACACGUCAUAGGGAGACGCAAGACACCCUCCAAACGCUGGAACGCUUAGACAUAGACACUGACAAGAAGACAGAAGAAGAGCUGUACGAGCACUUCCACCUUGAGGACGCUUAUCGCAGCGGAACCUUGACAAAGUGGCAGAAGUGGAAACCAAAGUUAUGGGCUCUGAUUAAUGAACCCUAUUCUUCGUUUUGGGCUAAGGCAAGUUAUGGCAACAUGGUGGUUAUGCUAGUUGCCUUUAGCAACCUGGUGGCCUUUGUUUCUGUAUUCUUCAUUAUUCUCUCAAUCGUCUCUUUUUGCCUCAAGACUGCACCGGCUAUGCGCAUUCCCGAGAUAAUUAAUACGACCAUCCAGAUUAAUUCAGACAGACACCAACUGCCAUACUACUGUCAAUCACAUAAUGGGAACAUGCAAGAUAGUCAGAAGGUCUCCAAAUCUGAUGAAGCUUUAACUUCACCGCGCGUGGUACGGUCCAGUGAAUUGCGAUCCAUCCCACCAGGCCGUCUCGUACGUGCAAGUUACCGAAAUAAAUCACAGCAGACCUCUUGGACUCUCGAACGUACCGUCGUGAAAGCACAUUAUAUGUUUGACUACAUUGAGAUUAUCUGUAAUAUCUGGUUUACAUUUGAGAUCAGCCUCCGCUUCCUGGUCGCUCAUUCGAAAAUUGAUUUCUUUCGAUCUCCGGUGAACGUAAUUGAUCUUUUAGCCCUACUCUCAUUCUAUCUCGACCAACUUCUGGCCAAAGCCCUAUUGGUUAGUGCGGACUAUGAAGUCCUAGAAUUCUUCUCCAUUAUCCGGAUCAUGCGAUUGUUUAAACUGACCCGGCACUAUUCGGGUCUCAAGAUCCUUAUUCACACAUUUCGUGCAAGUUUGAAGGAAUUGCUUCUGCUGGUGUUUUUCCUUGGAGUAUUCAUCAUCAUCUUUGCAGCUCUAAUGUACUACGCUGAACGCUUUCAAAAUAACCCUCGAAACGAUUUCCACUCAAUACCAGUUGGACUGUGGUGGGCUAUCGUAACUAUGACAACCGUCGGCUAUGGUGACAUGGUACCAAAAACAUACCUAGGUAAGUUCACCUUUCAUUUCAAUUUGAUUUAUUUUUCGAAUAAUGUGGAAAGUAUUAAAAAUUCAUCAAAGCAAUUAGUUGCUGCGACUAAAUUAUAA